AUGUCUUCGGGACCCUCGCAGCUUCUUGUGAAGCGUAAGCGUGACGAGCCUGGACCUGACAAGCUGAUUCUAGAGCCACCGACCAAGAAGACCUUGACGGUGGGAGCGGCGGCGCAGUCGAAUGCGCUGCAGUAUGUGAGGGUUGAUAGGGAGUUGGGUAGCAAGGCGAAGGAGAGGCAGGAUGGGACUCGCGAUGGUGACGGUGUGAGGGGUCAUGGAGGGGAGGUGCAGGCACAGAGCCAGAGCAAGAGGGUGUUCCACUUGUCAAGACGGCAAGGUGAGGGGACUGUGCGUAGGAACCUACAGAAGAGGAAGCAGACUGGCGGUGCUACAGGCUCUAUGUUUGCCACAUUUGAGGAGAGCAGUGCGCGGAAUGCCAAGGCGCAGUCUCGACCAGGCAAUACUGGAUCAGAUGCUGAGGAUAGAGAAGAAGGAGAGGUAGCGCCUCUGAAACGACCAGGCAGGAGGUUGGCAGUCGCAAGAACUGGCAGUGUUUCAAAACAGCUUCAAACAAAUGAGUCAACGGAGACUCGUAGUCACGCGGAAGCCCUUGCCACGUCUAUGCAGAGGUUUGCAAACGAGGAGCUCGCCGAACCACCGAAGCAGAAGAUUACGAGCCUGCCCAAAUUCGCCACAAGGAGACGAGACUUGCACCCGCAACCAGCGCCAGUACAGGCCUCUGAGCCACGUAUACGAGAUGAUGAGAUGGAUGUAGACUCCGACGGCGACUACGUCUACGAUACUUAUAUCCUUGCGCCACCGUCCACAGAAUCACAAGCCAAUGGUACAGGAGCAGAUCUAGUUGGCGACAACGUUGGUUAUCUAGUAAUCAACGACGAGGAUCAAGCUCUAUGGGAAGCUUACAUCGAAGACGAACCGAGCGACAAAGACUGGGACUCUGACGACGCCGACUCGAACGCAGAAGACUACUACGGCGCUGACUAUCCUGAGGAUGAGCUCGCAUCGGACGACGAGUACGAUCGAGGUGCGUAUGGUUAUCGCAGGCACGGCGCAAGCGACGACGAGAGCUGGGAUGAGGAUACAGGAGCUUUCAGUGGUGACGAGGAGGAGGAUACGGCACCCUGGAAGAACAAGACGUAUGGCCGGCUUGCCAAAUCCGUGGGUGUCGAGGUCGAGGAGGAGGAUGAUUGA